AUGAUGAACACUAACGUGACGAAUAUAAAGGAUUUUUUCAUCCUUGGAUUCCCUGGACUUCUGCCACAGUAUUACGGGCCUGUCUCAGCUCUGCUUUUUCUGCUUUACUUGGCUAUAGCUGCAGGAAAUAUUUUUAUUUUAGUGUUUGUCAGAUCUGAACGGUCUCUUCACAAACCAACGUAUGAUAUUUUCUGUCAUUUGGCAUUAAGUGAUUUCAUGUUUGGGACUGUAACUCUACCAAAGAUCAUAUCAAAAUACUGGUUUAAUGACAGCAUUAUUUCAUUUUACAGCUGUUUUGCACAAAUGUACUUUGUUYACCUUUUAGGUGCGGCUCAUUCUUUCAUUCUAAUGGUGAUGGCUCUUGAUCGGUUUACUGCAAUCUGUGCUCCGCUGCGUUACACCUCACUUUUCACCAAUAACACAGUUUCUGUGCUGUGUGGAGUCUCAUGGCUUCUACCAAUGUCUUUUAUGUUUGGUGUUGUUUUUGAUGCUUUGAGACUUCCAUUUUGUAACUCAAACAUAAUUGUUCAGUGCUACUGUGAUCAUUUAUCAAUAAUAAGCCUUGGAUGUGAAAACGUACAAGAGGUCACAGUUGUGGCAUUCAGUAUUGCCAUGUUUAGUCAGAUGUUACCUCUGAGUUUUAUUAUUUUAACUUAUUGUGUUAUCAUUGUUGUCGUUUUGAGAAUUUCCUCCUCUGAAAGUCGCAUUAGGACUCUGUCCACCUGCACACCACAACUUAUCAUCACAUGUCUUUAUUUUCUGCCACGAAGUUUUGUGUACUUGGCCAAUUUUGUGGGCUACACGUUCAGCAUUUCAGUUCGAACUGUUGUGAUAAUGAUGUACAGUCUUUUACCUGCUGCUGUGAAUCCACUAAUUUACUUCUUUAAGACAAAAGACAUCAAAGAAAAGCUGAAAAUAAAGCUAUUGCUAAGAAAAAUAGCUUUUACUUCCAAAAUCUAA